AUGGUUUAUGGAGAGCAAAGGAAUUAUGAUAUGAACUCAAACACAUAUCAUCCAGGUUUGCGUAAUCAUCCAAACUUUCGGUACAGUAAUACUAAUCAAUUGAAUCCUUAUUUUCGGGUACCAAAUCAAGGAAGCCAGCCGUAUCAGAACCGUCAAUCGAAUUAUAAUCAGAAUUACAAUCAAGGAAAUUACAACAAGGGCAACCAAAGAAGUUAUCCGCAACAACAGGAGCAGGGCAAGGCAACUACUUCAAACGAGGAGAUUUCCAAUCGUGAGAUUAUGGAAGUGUUGAAGCAAAUUAAAAAAGACCAAGAAGUGCAAGCUAAAUCUCAUCAAGCAUUGGAAAAGCAAGUCGCCCAAUUGGCGACCGAGAUGGCACAAGGGAGAAAAGAUUCGAGUCGAUUGCCUAGUGAUACCACGAAGAAUCCACAACAUCAAGGGAGCUCGUCUAAUGCCAGAAUUAAUAUGUUGGUUGAGGGUGUCGUGGAGGAGGUUGAUGAGGAAAACGAGUCCGAUGCUGAACAGAGACCUAUUAGCCCUAAAAAGAAUAAAAAAGAAACUCUUGAAAAUAAUAGGGUGAUAGAUACUGAACCGGGUGACAAAAAGGAGAAGGGUAUGGAGUGUAAUACCAUCCCAUUUCCUAAGGCUUUAAUUAAUCCCGAAACAAAAGUUGUUAAUAAACGGGGCCCACAGCAGGAUGAGAUGUGGGAAGUUUUUAAACAGGUGAAAAUUAAUCUUCCGUUAUUAGACGCAAUCAAGCAGGUUCCGGCAUAUGCAAAAUAUUUGAAAGAGCUUUGCACCCAAAAACGACACAAUAAAUUUCCGAAAAAGAUAGCUUUAACCGAAAAAGUUAGUGCCGUUUUGUCGGGUGAUCUUCCACCAAAGCUCCAAGAUCCAGGUGCUCCUCUAAUCCCCAUUCAAGUGGGUGAAUUUAAGAUGAGUCGAGCCUUGUUGGAUUUGGGAGCAAGUGUUAGCAUCCUACCGGGAAGUUUAUACGAUCAAUACAACUUCGGACCACUGAAACAAGCCGACACCACCGUGGUGUUGGCUGACUUGACGUUAAAACUACCCCGAGGGAUCUUGCGUGAUGUCAUUGUCAAAGUUGACGAGUUUUAUUACCCGGUUGACUUUUUGGUUUUAGAUUAUGUGCAAAUUGAAAACACUAAACAACCUAAUGUUAUACUCGGUAGACCAUUUUUAGCAACUGCUAAUGCACUAAUCGAUUGUAGAAAUGGUACGGUCGACAUCACGUUUGGAAAUCGUAAGGUCCGAUUAAAUGCUUUUUCCCGUGCAUCUGAUUCUCUAGUCAAUGAUGAAUGCUUCAUGGCAGACAUUAUUGACGGGUGUUAUCCUCACGAAAGUGGGGAAUGCACUAUAGAGACGUGUUUUGUUUGUGACAGGGAAUUGGCAGAAGCAGAGUUGGAAUUGGAAUAUGUGGAAGAAGAAUUGGAGGUUAUGGCGGCUAGGGAAUUGAAGCCGACUUGGACACAUCAAGUCGAGAAUUUACCGGAUCAUAUUGAUACUCAAUUGAAGCCGUCACUUGAAUCACCUCCACAAGUCGAGUUGAAGACAUUGCCAAAGCAUUUGAAGUAUGCUUUUGUUGGCGACAACAACACCCUACCAGUAAUUAUUACUUCCAAUUUAUCACUUGAACAGGAAAAAGCUUUGAUGGAAGUGUUGAUAGCCAACCGGGCUGCAAUUGGGUGGACAAUCGCUGAUCUCAAGGGGAUUAGUCCAUCGAUAGUUAUGCAUAAGAUCAUCACCGAAGAGGGAGCAAAACCGGCUCGAGAUGCUCAACAAAGAUUGAACCCGAACAUGCGGGAAAUUGUGAAAAAAGGAAGUUUUAAAGUGACGGUGCCUAAAAAGGCGGGCAUCCAGAUUGUUAUAGGUGAAGACGGUAAGGAAGUUGCCACCCGGCCGGUAACCGGGUGGAGAAUUUGCAUAGAUUAUAGAAAGUUGAAUGUUGCAACUUCAAAGGACCACUUCCCACUUCCUUUUAUUGAUCAGAUAUUCAGAUUGUGGAAAAGCUCGCAGAUUGCUAUUCAUCCUGAUGAUCAACAAAAGACUACGUUUACCUGUCCUUACGGUACUUUUGCGUUUAGGCGAAUGCCGUUUGGACUGUGUAAUGCCCCGGCCACCUUCCAAAGGUGUAUGAGAGUUGACAAGAAACCAGUGGCAAUCUACUAUGCGAGCAAGACUCUCGCGGAUGCUCAGUUGAAUUACACCACCACAGAAAAGGAGCUUCUUGCUGUUGUCUAUGCGUUAGACAAAUUUAGACCUUAUAUUUGUGGUAGUAAAGUGAUUGUGUUUUCUGAUCAUUCUGCAAUCAGGUAUCUUAUGGAGAAAAAGGAUGCAAAGCCAAGGCUAAUCAGGUGGAUCCUUUUAUUGCAAGAAUUUGAUUUGGAGAUACGCGAUAAGAAGGGAAGCGAGAACGUGGUGGCAGACCACCUGUUACGAGUGGUGAACGAGAUCGAAGGAACUGAACAUGAUAUUCUGGAAACGUUUCCAGAUGAGCAUUUACUUACUAUUGAUACUCAACCAUGGUUUGCUAACUUUGCUAAUUAUGCUCAUUCAGGUAUCAUCCCGGAUCAUUGGUCGAGAUCUAGGAAGGCACACUUUCUUUCACAAGCAAAGCAGUAUAUAUGGGAUGAACCAGAUCUAUUUAAAGUGGGAGCUAAUCAGAUUAUCCGGAAGUGUGUUGAGGAUGAAGAAAUUCCAUCGGUUUUAUCACUGGUGCAUGAGUCCGCGUGCGGUGGACAUUUCAGUGGACAGAAAACGGCACGCAAAGUGCUAUCAUGUGGGCUAUAUUGGCCUACGGUGUUUAGGGAUUCAUUUGAAUACGCUAAGAAUUGUUUGCGGUGUCAACAAAUGGGUAGCAUUUCGAAACGGGAUGAAAUGCCCAUGCAACCAAUCCUUGUUGUCGAUAUUUUCGACGUAUGGGGAAUUGACUUUAUGGGCCCAUUCCCGAAUUCGUUCGGAAAUCUCUACAUCUUGGUGGCAGUGGAUUAUGUGUCUAAAUGGGUUGAGGCCAUUGCCACCAAGACCAAUGACCAUAAGGUUGUUUGCAAGUUCGUUCAAUCGAACAUUUUUUCAAGAUUUGGAGUCCCUCGUGUGAUCAUAAGUGAUGGGGGGUCUCAUUUCAAAAACUUUAACUUUGGCAAACUCCUUAAGAGAUAUGCUGUUGAUCAUCGAAUUGCCACCCCGUAUUAUCCUCAAACGAGUAAGGAGAGACAGUUGACAUUGGGAGAACUGGAAGAGAUAAGGAAUGAAGCUUAUGACUGUGCUGCUGCAUAUAAGGACAAGAUGAAGAAAGUGCACGACGCGAAGAUUAGGCCGAAAGUGUUUGAAGUUGGCCAGCUUGUUUGGUUAUACAAUUCCAGGUUGAAACUGUUCCCUGGAAAGCUGAAGAGUAAGUGGACAGGGCCUUAUCGUGUGACAAAGGUCGGAAAACACGGUGAUUUUGAGAUUGAGGACUUUGAUGAUCAUAUCCGCCAGAUGGUGAAUGGGCACAGACUAAAACCAUACUUCAAUGCUCGAGAAAUCAACGGUCCUGAGAAAAACGUGGAGGUGCUAUACGUGAGCACCGUCCGCGAAUAUGUUGAUUAA